UGAUAAGGUCUUUUAAUCAAAACAAAUCCUAUGUUUACAUCAAAAACUGAGUUUUUGAAUCUCUAAAAGGACGGACCCGAUAUGGACAAGGACCCUCCUCUGUACGAGGGAAAUGCCAUCUUUCGGAAUCAGCCAUCAUACAAGAUCUUCAACAAAUCCUUCGAGCAUGUGGAUGACGCGCUGUACACGUUUCUGAACGAAGUGGAUCCCGAGGUGCUGCGGCUGGAGCUCCAAGAAACAGCCGAUGUUUUCAAAACCUUCAACCGGAGCACAGCCUUGAGGGAUCCCCGCAACGACCAGGUGCCGGGGAGUGCGACUUGCGACAAUUCAAGCAACGCUACUGGUUACAGUUUCCCCAAUCCCCUGGACCAGCACUCGGAGCUGAAUCUCAAGCAGCAGGCCGCCUGCAUGCGAGUACUUCUGUCCUGGCAGCGAAGUGAACCCGUCAAUGAGGAGGACUUUGUGGUGUGGCAGGCCACAGAGAAGAAGCGCUGCAAUGAGCAACAGCGGGUGCAGAAACACAUUCAUGACCACGAAUUGGGUCGCAAGGAGAUCAUCUACGCGCCCAUGAAGAACCUGGUGGCAGUCUACAGAGAGUGGUACGAGCUGAAUGUUAGGAAACGGCUUAAGACAUAUCCCAACGACUCAUAUGUGACCUUCUCUGGCCUGCCACAGUUGUCCCAGUGCAAAAGCCUCAAUUCUCAGACCGUCAGCAUAGAGCAGGUGGAGCUGGAGCGGAUUGUCGGCCGGGUAAGAUUCUGGUCAGAGUUGAAACUGAGCCAGGAUACCCUGAGCACUUUAAGGGUGCGCUUGGAUCGCUACGCGAAUUGGGAAACCAAAGAGGCAGCCAAGCUAUUGACGGAUGAAGAGAAAUACCUAGAACUGGAGGCCAACAAUAUUUUCGUUCUGCCCCUGGACUCUCUUUUAAUGCUGUUUACGACUGGAUCAUAUAUUGACCUACCGACAGAGAUGUUUGUCAGCCUGAGAGAAUGUCCGAAAAGUAAGCACAAGUGCAUGGAGUUCCAGUCUCCGUUUCCCGCCCGCAACUGUGGCUGGCAUACAAACAGUUUGGUCCUGAAGCAUGCUUAUGAAGCUUACAUAUCUCAGCCUGGUCAAGCCAAAUGGCUAUAUUUCGAAAACGGAGCAGUCAAGGAAGUACCAGAUAAGCUUACCUGUGAAAUGUCUUCUACCGAUCUUCACAUGGCCUACAAGCUUCACCCAAUUGAUCAGCAAUCUGCGGACAUUGUGGAUGCGAACGUCAACACCGCUUUAGUCAGUUGGAGUCUUAGGUGUAAGAGCGAAAAUUAUCAGUACAAAGAUUUUCAAAUGUUUAGCACUUUGUCCAUACCAGCGGUCAAUGAUGCCAAUGGCAAGAGGCCUCUUGGUUGCCAUUUGAUCAAGCUGGAGAAUAAGCCCGACUGCGGCUGUGAAAUUAUGUCCAAACACGAGUUGAUAAGUGCCUGGCUGCAGCUGAAGCUUCUGCAAGCUGAUGUGGGUCACUGCACCCGCGUCUCGCUGCGGGACUUUAAACCCAUGUUGGAGGAACAACUGACGUUGAUAUCCCUGGAGCAACAGCUGCACGACUACUACAAUACAAGCAUGCCACAACUUCUUUCUAAUUUGUACGAGUUUCUGAAGCUACUAGAUACUGUGCCUGUUGGGGAAUACCUGCUACGCUACUCACCCAAGUACAAGGAUAAAUUCCUGCUUUGCAGUGUCACUAAGGAGGCCACGGCCCAGAGCUUUAAGCUGCACCAACUCCUCACUGAAACCACUCCGAGCGAUCAAAUCUUCCUCACCCAAAACAGUUUUCUUCCCAUCUCGCCCACACUCUGUGGCCGCCUGCACGAGGAACUGCAGCUACUGCCCUGCGCAUUUCCUGCAAAGGCCAAUGGACGGUGCGUCCAACGACGAAAAGCGGCGUUACCCAAACCAGAGCCCGUAAGACAGGCUUCAGGAACACGUAAACCAACGAAGCAGUUUCGCCGCCGUUGUAAGGCCGGGCAAAAGAUUCGAGCCAGAGCUCGCAAAAAAGCGGCGGCUAAAGAUGAAAAGAUCCAGCUGGAGAAGAUAAUGACGCUGUAAUAAAAGCCUUUCGGUUUUCUCUUGAAAAGUCAAAAGAAGAUCCUCAAAAAGGCUUAUACAGUAGACUUAUAAGAAGUUUGUUAUUAAAUUUGUGAUCAAUAAUUGAAAUACAACUUUGUACUUUCAUUGUUUGCCGUA